UGCGCGCGCCCCCCUCCGCAAAUUACCUGUUCCAACAGAGCCGAAGUGAGCCCGAGCACAUGCCACGUUGGGAGAGCAGCCAAGCCUGAACCGAGCUUCUGUUGAACACGUAGAGGAGGACACCUUGAUUUAUUCCACCUGCCUUUUUCAAAAACAAACACCAAAACAACCUCUCAAGUGGGUUUUGAGAAAGCUGUGAAGCAAACCGCGCUGACUGAGGAUCUGAGAGUCGAGAGGAUGCACUUGUUGUCCGCCCUCCUCGCCGCUUCCCUCCUCUGCAAAGUUGCAGGUCUUGACAGAGUUACCGGCCUGUAUGGACAAACGCUGGAGAUUCCCUGCAAUAAUGGAGCCGUUAAAACGGAAGACAUCCUGUUAGUUAAAUGGAAAUAUGACAAAGGGCAGGGCCAGUCUGGAGACCUGAUGGUUCUCAACAAAGGCCAUGAUGCAGUCGUCUCUUCUACAGAUGACUACAAGAAUCGAAUUAGCAUGGCUAAAAACUUCAGCCUGCUGCUUUCAGGAGCCAAACUGAGCGACCAGAAAACAUUCACCUGCAUGGUGGCUGUCUCAGACAUCACUGAAUACCCUGUAGCCGUGGUCAUCCACAAGUCGCCUGCAGGCGUGGGGAUAUCUGACAUAGCAGAAGCGCUGGAGAUUGGCAAACUAAAGAAGCUGGGAGACUGUGUUGCACGAGAUGCUAAUCCAGCUGCUAACAUCACAUGGUUGAGGAACAAUGAACCUCUGGCUGAUGGGAAAGGGAUUUCCAUCAAAAGCUCUGUGUUGGUGGACCCCGAUACUGGCCUGUCCACCACGGUGUCCACGCUGGAGUAUUCUGCACUAAAGUCUGACGCGGGCGCUCAGUUCACCUGCAGCACUCAGCAUCCUCUGGGCGAAAAGCUUGUGUCUUCUCCUGUCAAUUUCACCAUCACCUACUCCACAGAGCACAUCACACUUAGGGUCAGCCCUGAGAGUCCUGCAGAAGGAGACAACGUGACUCUGACUUGUGAGGCAGACGGAAACCCAGCUCCCACCAGCUUCAACUUUUACAUCAAGGGAGAAGUGGUGAAAGCGGAAAAUGCAAACAAACACACCCUCACCCACGUCUCACGUAACACCACUGGUCUCUACAAAUGCUCACUAAUUGAUAACCCCUUAAUGGAAUCAUCCAGGAACAUCACCGUCAACUACCUAGACAUCAAUUUAAGCCCAUCUGGGAAGAUCGUCAAGCACGCUGGCAAGGCCUUGAAUAUAACUCUUCAGAUUGAUUCUUCAGAGAAACCAGCGGUCUCCUGGACAAAGGAAGGCGUUAAACUGCACAAAGAGCCCAAGUUUGCUAAUCUGACGUACUCUGACUCUGGUGUUUAUGAGUGUGAGGUGACGCUGAAGACCCUCAGGCGGAAAGCAUCUUUUCACCUGGUUGUCCAAGGUGCUCCGGUUAUCAAAUACCUGAAGAAGAUGGACGCAAAAGGCCAGCAGAUAGUCUUAAUUUGUGAAGCUGAAGGUUCCCCGAAGCCAGUUGUUUCCUGGAGCAUCAAUGGCACCGUGCUGAACGAGACUUCCCACCCCAAUGGCAAGAUCACACACAAGAUCACGGUCACGCCCUCUGCGGACAUGACCGUCACCUGUACGGUGUCCAACGAGUUCGGCAUGAUGACCCAAGAUUUAAACGUGUCUUCUGUAUUUGAGGAGGUGAAAAUGGAUAAACAAGACCCGUCAGGAAAAAAUGACAAAACCCAGAUGGUAGUUGGAGUUGUGGUCGGCCUCCUCAUCGCGACGCUGGUUAUAGGCCUGGCCUAUUGGCUUUAUGUGAAGAAAUCCAAGCAAGGAAGCUGGAAGACCGGUGAGAAGGAGAAUGGGAAUUCUGAGGAGGAGAAGAAAUUAGAGGAAAAGGGGGAGGAGAACAGCCAGAAGGCGGAGGUGUAAAAGAAACCUGUUUGUGAAAUGGUGAAGUGAAAGUGGGAACACAGAACUUUUGCACAUUUCUCUUCACCUCCGUCUGGGAGAAAACACUGAGUGUACAUUGGGAUGAAGACAGCUUGAAUUUGGUUUCAGGGAGACUUUUUCAAAACGCAUAUCCAGACACAUCGACCACUGACUCCUCCAUUUAUCAAAUGAAAUAAAAAACCAGAAGAGAAUGGAAACUAUGUAAUUUAAGUUGUCUGCACUACUGAUACACGUGUAAAUUUGUUCACUAUUAGAAUUCAUGUUUGUUAGAAUGUGAGUAAAGCGAGGAAAUGCAGAUCUCUUUUUGUUUGUUUUGUGGGGGGUUCCAUAGGUGAUGAAAGUGAAGUUCCUUCUAGACUGGUUGCCUUGGCCGUGAGGAUGUAGAUCUGCUGUAGAACUGUGCUUGACUCUUUGGCUCUUGAGAAGGAACCAAGGGACAUCAAUGCCAUUUUUUUUUUAUUUUAGGAUUCAUGCCAUCUCAGGCCAACCACCUCUGCCUUCGACAUCAGUAUCUAGUCGUAGUAAAUCUUUUUGUGUGUGCAUUUUUUCACAGUUUGUUGGGUUAUAAGAAAAAAACUGAGAUAAAAUUCCUGGAAGGGCUAAGGGUUGAUUAUAGUCGGCAUUAGUUAACGAUGGCAUUAUGAUUUUCACGUCAUGGAGAGAAGCGUUAGUUGUGUGUGAAACCAGGAUUUAUUUGUGUGUGUGUGUGUGCGUGUGCGUGUGCGUGUGUGUGUGUGUGUGUCCUGUAAAUAAAACUUAACCACCGUACAACACAAGAAGCUAGAUUACUGGAGGAAUGUACUGAUUCUGAUUGGCUGCACAGGUUUUACAUGAAAUUAAACAUUGAAAUGCCCUUGAACCUGCAGUUUUGGGACUUAAAAUGAAUUUUUUUUCUUUCUUUAUAUAUAUAUUUUUUUCUUUGCUCCAUCAGUGUUGAGAAACGAUUGUUUGUCAUGUAGCCAUAGCAUCACUUUGUGAUCAGAGAGAGAAAAGGACGCGUGUCUCAAAGUAGCCUUUACCUUCUUUAAAAAAAAAAAAAAAAAGAAUAAAAUCUACCUGUACCUACUUCAGUUUGUGAUGUGCACUAGAGUUCAUGUUUCAUGUCUAAUUUGUGUAGAAUACAAAGAAAUACGUGCAGCUGUACAUGUCACAAUUUUGGUCCAAUAAGAGCAUUUGCUAAACCUAAAAAGAUGUAUCCAAGACCAGGACGUAGAUGUGAAGUGUGUGAAUUUCAUUUUCUUUAUGCUAUUUAUAUGGUACAAGAUUAAAUAUCCUGGUAGGCAUAUUCAGUAACUGUCACAAAUCUCAUUGUCCAGCUAUCUUGGCUUGAAACUCUCCAUGAAUUGCUUGCAGACGUUACAAAAAUGUAAUGAAGACACCUGUAGUUUGCUCUCAGCAUCUGGUAAAAAAAAUAUACCCAGCAUGUAAUAAUCUCAGAUCUCCGAGCUGCUGUUUGUUGCCUACCUUGACUGGAGAAAAAAAAAAGAAUAAUCAAAUUGGAAAAAUGACCAAAGAAAGUGAACAAUGCCAUGCAAGUAUUGUAAAUAUCGUAUGUUUGUUUUUGUACUUUUGUUUAAAAUAAAGUGUACAUUUGAAAAGGUA